UUUGGUUUUUUCUCCUUUUUUUUUUCUUUUUCUUCUUCUUUUUCUUUUUCACUACUUUCUUUCACGAGAUGUGGAUUUAUUCUACGUUCCUCGUCGUUAUCGCAGGACUUCACACGGUCAGAACAGCUGAUUGGUCUUAUUGGGGGGAUCAUGGUCCUGAUAAUUGGCCAGGACAAUGCAAAACCGGAAAGAAACAAUCGCCCAUUAACAUCGUUACGGUGAAUACUAUAAAAAAAGAUUUGGGUGAGCUUAAUUUCAUACGAUACGAUCAUUCGUUCACCGGUAUGGUGACCAAUAAUGGACAUACCAUACAAGUUAAUCUUCACGAUUCGCUAAUGCAAUUGGAAAGCGAAUAUCUCUCGUUGAAAUAUACUUUCGAACAAUUACAUUUUCAUUGGGGAUCCGAACAUACCAUAAAUAAUUAUCGUUAUCCAUUGGAAUUGCAUUUGGUUCAUUACAAUGAUCAAUAUAAUAAUGUCAGUAUAGCUUCUGAGCAUAAGAAUGGUAUAGUUGUGGUUACCGUAUUGUUCGAGUUGAGUCAGGAGGAUAAUAAGGCAUUAGAUCCUAUAAUAAAUGCAACCGAGCAAGUUUCACGAUGGGUCGGAAGUAGUACGGCUGAAUUAAGAGCAAAACUCGUCCCUCAUUUGCUCCUUCCGAAUAAUCGAAAGAGUUAUUACACCUACGAAGGAUCAUUGACUACUCCUAAUUGUCAAGAAGCAGUAACGUGGUUCGUAAUGACUGAAAAUCUCACGAUAUCCGAAGCUCAGUUGCGAGUCUUCCAAGGCGUCGAGUCAGCCAAUGGAACGUUGAAAUUUAAUUAUCGACCGAGCCAAAACGAAGGCGAUCGAGAGAUUUAUCAUCAUCUUUCAGGAUAUUCCAAUGCUAGAAAAAUGUUUUCCGUUCAUAUAUAUCUUAUCAUUUUCUGCCUUUCCAUUAUGAAACUAACAUAACUGCCAAAUUCAGUGAUUUUUUGAACGGUAAUGAUCUUACCAAAGAUUAGUUAAGUAUGUGAGAGAUAUAUAUAUAUAUAUACACAUAUAGAUUUCUUAUUUUUUUCUUCGAUAAAAUGCAAAACGCGUUAUUUUGUACGUAAAGUUUCCUUAAUUAUUGUUAUUAUUAUUAUUAUUAUUAUUAUUAUUCUUUUUUUUAUGCAUAACUGUUGAUAAUAUUUAAUUUAGCGGAUUAUCAUUCGCAAUUUUGCAUUUUUUUCGAAAUUUAGGAUAAGGAAGUUUCUUUUUUUUUUCUUUUUUCUUUUUUUUUUUUUUUACAUAAUUAAAGUUAUUAUUAUUUUACCAAAGAAAUCUUGUGCCAUUAGAAGGUGCCAAAUAAUGGAAACGUAUUUUGUAAUAAAAAAAAAAGGAUAGUCGAAAUGUAUAUUGGUUAACAUUUGAAAACACACUCGACAAAAAAUAUAUUACUUACUAAAGGUGAAGUGUUACCUUUUCAAAUAUACAUACAUACAUACAUAUAUAUAUAUAUAUAUAUAUAUAUAUAUAUAUAUAUAUAAAAGAUAAUAGUAUAUAUCAUAUAAAAAAAUAUUCACGAUCUAUGCUCAUAAUUAUUAUCUAAUAGAAGACAUUUGCUUUUCUUUUUUUCAUUUCACGAUUGAAACGAAUCUAUAAUAACUGUACGAUGAAUGUUUCUUUUUUUAUAUAAUCUCUUAUAUCAAUCACAUAUCUGGUAAUAUAUUGUACUAUAGAAUUAAGUGCCAUAACAAACAACGACGUAACUAUAAAAGGAUUAUU